CCACUACGAGGGGAAGGACCGGGCCAUCAAUUCCAUGGGGAGGAUCUAUGCGGGUGCCAACAGCAUACUCGUCAUGGACCCUGCCAUCAGCAGAAUCAGCUUCUCUAGCUUGUCUGCCCACCAGCGCAUGACGGAAACGGAGCCCCUCACGGAUUGCCAUGUUGACUGGAGGAACAUGAUGGCUGUCGCCGUGGUCGACUCCUCCCCAUGGAUGGCUCGCAGCUGGCCGCUCCAAGAAGCUGCGCUCACCUCGGCAAUCUACGUCCGGUUUGCUGACCACAUGUUCCGAUAUGAAGGCUCGCAUCUGGGCAUCAGUAUAACGCUGGAGAUGCUUCCCAACCAAAUCCAAAAUGCCCAUAUCCUCUCUUGGGGUCGACUUCGAAUCCCUAAUGAGUUUCCACUGAUGAGUUUUUCACGGAAGAAGUGGUACGCCACUCGCCCAAUGCCGAAUUCAUCUCGGUCUGGAAUCAGCUCGCCCGAAGGACCACCUCGUACCCUGACGAUGUUCCGGCCAUUUUCGCGACGCUUCUGUAUAGGAGCCUAGGGGAGCUGCCGUCCACUGCGCCUGAGCGCCGCAGACAAGCCAUCCUACGCUGUGUCCAGUCGUUGCCUCUAGACAUCCUAGCCGUCGAGCGCGACCGCACAGCAUGGUUGGCUCUAACUUCGAGUCUAGAUUGUGGCUGGGUGCCCAGAUUCCCGGGAUCUCGAGAAAGCGUUCCCGAAUUGGACUUUGCCCACGGCGCCAUCCAGCAUACAGCCAACGGCUUCCUUGUCAACUUGCAAAAUUCCACCACUCGCAUCUUCGAGUGCCCCUCAGGUCUUGGCCGGCCAGAAGGCCACUUUUUGCUUCGAGACGUUCAGGGAAACGACGUCUUCGCAGUCCAGGUCACUCUUCCUCCCACCCCCUCGAAAGGGAAACAGGUGGAAGCUCCGGAAGAGUCCCAGAUU